AGGAAAGAGAGAGAGAGAGAAAAAACUAGAGAAACCAAUGAAAGGAUAGGAAAGGCAACGAGGACGAGUAGAAAAGGCAAGAGGGAAGAAGGGAAACGUUGAAUUUGCCAUUUACCAAAUUGGUUGGAAGAUUGAAAUCUUUUGUGUUUUGAAGGAAAAAGAAAGAAAACACAAAAGGAGAACUAUUGAUUGAUUUGUAAAAAGAAAGAAAAAACAAGCAAGACAUAUAGAUUGGAUUGAAUAUGCCUCGUAGACGUACAGCAGCAGCUCCGGCCCCUAGUCAACGCCGUACACCUGGAUCCACGAGACCAGCAUCGACGAUGGCAGCACCAGCGAGCAUGGCAUCAGCGCCAUCAGCAGCUCGUCCCGCAGGACCUAGCGCUAGUCAACAACAACCACAACAACAAUCGGCCACGCCAGCAGCACCCCCUACGGCGAUUCCAUCGUCGGGCGGUACGGGCUUUUUUGGCAACAUGGUGAGUACGGCAGCUGGUGUGGGUAUUGGUAGUGCGAUUGGGCAUACAAUGGGAAAUAUGCUUACAGGAGCCUUUGGCGGUGGUAGUAGCAACAGUUCAGCACCAGCAGGUCAAGAGAGCAACAAUGCAACGGCAGCUCAAGCGGAAAGUGGAUUUGGAAGUACGACGGCGUUUGCUGACGCCAAUGCAGAAGAAUCGAAGCGUGCUUGUAAUGGAGAGGCCAAGACGUUUGCAGAAUGUAUGAACCAGCAUGGAUUUGACCAUUGUUCUUAUUAUUUGGAACAAUUGAAGGCUUGUCAAUCUUUGUGGUCUCCUUCAGCAUAAGGGUGUAGCAGGAGCGAGCGAGCGAGCGAGCGAGCGAGCAUUGCCAUGUAGUGUUGUAUUCGAUUUUUCAUAAAUUUUUUUUUAUAUAAAUUUUAUUUUAUAUAAAGAAAAUAAUUUUUCAAUGACAUCUAGUAUGAAAGAAAGAGAUACAAAUGAAAUGAAAAAGAAAUAAACAAAAAGAAAGAAAGAAUAAAUAAAUAAAUAUUUCGUGUUCAUUAC